UGUUUGGUUGUGUGAGCAGCAGCAGCAGGUGAGACACACCUGAGGAGCCGAGACCAGAGCACGCGCACUGACUCUUUAACACACCACAGCGUCAGGUAGAAACGUCCCGGCUGUGUUUGAAGACGCCAGAAGAAGAAGAAGAAGAAGAAGAAGACGUUUAGGAGGGCGUGAGACUGGAAGGGAAACAACUCCGGACCGUAGUUUGGGUUAAACUGUCCCGAGGAAGGAUACGUUUUAGCGUCAUUUUGCGUAACUCCUCCCUGCUGCUACAUCCACGCUGAGCUCAAAAUGCCUCCACCCUCCUCUUCUUCCUCCCUCUGUCUCUCCCUCCUCCUCUUCCUCCCCCUCGUGCGCCCCGCAGGAGCGGCAGAAGACGCGCACUGCAGCGCCCCUUUCCACCCCGGUCCAGAGAACUUCGUGCUGGACGCGGAAGACGCGGUGAAGGAGGGAGCGGCGCUGCUGGCUACUGCGCAGGUGCGCUCCAAUAAAGACUGCAGGAGAGCGUGCUGCGACGACACGCGCUGUAACGUGGCGCUGCUGGAGCCGCGCGGUGCAGGCGCAGACGCGGCAGGAGCGGCAGCGGCGGAGAACCGCACCUGCGUUCUGUUCAACUGCCUCCACAGGAACAGCUUCGUGUGCAGGUUUGUGAACCAGGAGGGAUACCUGAGCUCCGUGAGGGAGGCCGUCUUCCGGCAGCACCUGCAGGGCUCGCAGAAGGCAGGUGAGUCCCAGACACCUUUACCUGCAGGUAAGAUGUCUCCGCCCGUCGCCGUAGCGGGCCCUGAUGUUGUAGUUCAGCCCGGCGAGACGGUGACGCUGAGCGGCAUCCAGAGCCUGGCGCUAGGCGACGCCCACAUCACCAAGUACCAAUGGAGUCUGGAGAGAGGAGACGGCCACGUCACCUUAAAGCAGACAGAGUUACCUGACCAGGUGAUGCUGUCCAACCUGCAGCCAGGCUCCUACGUCCUCCAGCUGACCGUCACUGACUCCAAGGACCAAUCAGACGAUGCCCAGGUCACCGUGCUCGUCCUCAGCCCGGAGCUGUCCAGCUUAUACUGUAUGUCUGAGAUGAAGGUGGGUCCGUGCCGAGCCUCUUUUCCUCGCUGGCAUUACAACACGUCAACAGGAAGCUGUCAUCAGUUUGUGUUUGGAGGCUGUGUUUCAAACUACAACAACUUCCUGUCCAAGGACGAGUGUUUAUUAGCCUGCAGAGCAGUCACAGCAACGUCAGAGAGGAAGGUCACUCUGCCCUCUACUGAGGUGUGCGGGGUGGAUUGUAGUCCUGAUCAGCUGGCGUGUGACGGCUGCUGUCUGGAUAGAAGUCUGGAGUGUGACGGCGUGAAGCAAUGCAAGGACGGGAAGGACGAGGAGCAGUGCAUCAAAUUGAAUCAGUCCUUCAACCAGCUGAGGAACAUCAGCUUCAACCAGGGACAAGCUCGGUGUGUGGAGCCGCCUGUCACCGGCCCGUGCCGGGCCAGUCACACCCGCUGGUACUACGACCCUCUCAACAGGAAGUGCCACCGCUUUACGUACGGCGGCUGUGAAGGCAGCGAGAACAACUUCGACAAGGAACACAAGUGUAGAGACGCAUGCAAAGGAGUCACUGAAAAGAACGUCUUCUCCAGAGGACUGUUUGAGCGUUUAGAGACAGAAGAUGAAAACGACUCAGGUAACAUAGCGCUGGCCGUGUGUCUGUCCGUGGCCAUCCUGGCGCUGCUCGCCGUCCUGGCCUACUGCAUCCUGAAGAACAGGAAGGAGCGUUCCCAGCGGCUCACCGCCACAAGCCCCGCCCACGUGCCGCUGUCGGAGCAGGAGACGCUCGUUUACAACUCCACCACCAAACCCGUGUGACAUCACUGUCGCCACGACAACCACCCAAUGGACCUUUAUCAAUCUCAGUAUUUGGGGACACUUAAACAUUUACACAAGCCAAGUUAUAAAAUAGGCGCCAUUUUAUUUAACUGGAGGCCCUUUUUAAACAGUUAUUUCGGUAUUUUUUUGUUACACCUGGAGUCUAUGUUCCCAUGUGUUUGUGUCAAAGUGUCUGACAACAUUAUGGGAU